AUGGCGUCACUAACAAUCCAGAAAAUUUCAAAGGAACUCAAGACCAACACAAUAAAACCCCUUCACUCAUCUCUCUAUCUAUCUAGCUACCAAAUCCCGGAAAUGGCCUCGAAAACGGCCGGCUUGUUUUGCGUAGUCUUUUCCCUCUUGAUCUUUGUGUUGCUAUCUCAAAAAACUCUUGCAAAACCUACUGAUCACCAUGAUCAUAAGCAUGACUCCUUCGAGUUCAUUCAAUACUUGGAGGGAUGCCACAAAGGUCAAAACGUCAGUGGGUUGCAAGAGCUCAAAAAAUACCUCACCAAAUUCGGCUACUUGAAUUAUGAUCACUCAAAACAUGCUGAUGAUGACGAGUUUGAUGACCUUCUAGAGUCUGCCAUCAAGUCAUACCAGAAAAGCUACCAUUUAAAAGUCACCGGAAGCUUAGACACUACCACGGCAAAACAAAUGAUGGUGCCCAGAUGUGGUGUGCCAGAUGUUGUCAACGGCACGCGAAAGGGAAGCAAAAAGCACAACCGCAAACUCAAGUCCAUCCAUGGAGUUUCUCAUUAUGAGUUCUUCUUCCCUGGACCUCGAAGAUGGCCAUCUACACAAACCCAUCUGAGAUAUCGCUUUGCUUCGAGUGCAAGGCAAGUCCCCGGCACAGAGAAUGUAAGGUCUAUAUGUGCACAAGCAUUUCAGAGAUGGGCACAAGUGACCACUUUUACAUUUGAGGAAGUUCCUUCUACUUCAGCGGCUGACAUUACCAUUGGCUUCCACCGUGGCAACCAUGGAGAUGGGUCCUCAUUUGACGGCUUCAAAGGGACUUACGCGCAUGCGAAUCCGCCUAAAGGUGGAAACUUCCAUUUUGAUGCAGAUGAGACAUGGAGUGCCAAUCCAGGGCCGAAUGAGAUAGACUUGGAAUCCGUUGCUGUACACGAAAUAGGCCAUCUUCUGGGGCUUAAUCACAAUCCUGAUCUCCCCGAUGCAAUCAUGUAUCCCUACUUUGAAUAUGGGAUGGUGAAACGUGAUCUGAAUAGGGAUGACAUUGAUGGUAUACGUACUUUGUAUGGUUUACAGUAGCAAGCACAUCAUAGAUUGUUAUUACUACAUUGAUAAGAAGAUGGAGUGAGGUGACUGCAAGUCCCUAUAUAUAAAGAAAAUAAAUGAUUUUUGGUACAAGAUAUAUACAUUUUUGCAUUGAUGAAGAUGUAAAAUUUUUUAACCUUUUUUAUUUUUGGUUGCAGAUGUUAUAAUAAAAGUGCUUAUAAGUCUUUAUGGUA